GCUUGUGUCCACUUACCCUAAUAGGCUCAAAGGAUUUUCAGACUCCAGUCCUAUGUUUUAGCAGAACAGAAGAUUAAAAGGCCGUAAAAUGGAAGAGCUAUGCAACAAUUCCGGUCAUUCGGCGACCUCUAGUAGUGGAAGUAACUCGUCAAUAUCGGCCAAAACGGCUUUAAGCGAAUGCUCUGCUGCAUGGAUCAACUAUUUAAGUGCUCUAAAUAAUUUAUGCACCGCCGGGUCGAAAUUGGCACAUUCAAUAGCUGUUUUGGAGCAGUGGUCCUUGAGCGAUAAGCCCAUGUUCAACAAUUAUACAACGUCUUAUUUGACAAAUUCCUGGAACGAUUUGGCAAGAGCAACAACGGUGGCUACAGGAACAGUAAAGACUCACAUGUUGGCUUUGCUGCAGGACUUUGUUACUAUAUCGACUGUAGAUCCAUCUGCCAACACGGAAAUGGAACAAAAACGGUUUAAGGAGCAUAACGAGUUGAUUGUUUUGGAAAAUGCCCAAGCAGUUAUUAAUAUUCAACAUCAAUUUUGCGCUGCCAGCUACGACGCAUUCUCAUCCUUAACAUGUUGUUUUGUCUGUCAAUCGCCAGUAGGGUUCCCCCAUGAACAAGACUGCAGCGUAAUGAAACAGCGCAAUCAAUUUGAUCAAAGAUCACAAACCCCAUCGCCAAAUUUGUGUGGUGCUAAAGUGGAUUCAUCCAGAGGAAAUUCAUUAACUGAUCAACGCCCUGUCGCCACUGGAAUUUCUGAGCCAGUUGACCAACAACGCGGUCCUUCGCCACAAUUAAACUUUUGCGAUGCAAAUCCAAUGCAAGCCAUUUUCGAGCACACACGCGGUCCCUUGCCCAACCCCGGACAGUUGCUGUCCAUGAAGAUCCCAUUUCACCGGAAUGUUAAGUCUUCCUUAAGCUUCCCACUAUUUCCAUUAAACGGUCAGCGUCGUUGGUCAGAAGCAGCUGCCGGAGAGGUUAUAGACGGAAUUUCUACCGAUCCAGAAAGUCAGAUGCGAAGGUGGUCAAUGCCGUGGGAGGCAUCAAAAACCGAUAGAAAUACUGUAACUUGGAAUCAAACCAGAAUAAUGCCAAUGAAUACGUUGAAGGCUUCAGGCUACAAAAUGUCUAGUUCAGAACGAUAUACUUCGCAUAAUUCUGAUGGAAACUGGCCAUUGGCUUCAAGUAGUCAAGAUGGUCUGCUAGAAGCCAUUCAGUUACUCUCCAUCAGACCAACAACUAUUACUCAAAUAAGUCCUCAGCCCUCUAUUCUAUCCACCUCACCGGAAGGAGCCCCACUCGACUAAAUAUAAAAUAAUUUUUAAUUUCCAAAU